AUGGUCGGCGCUACACGGCUGGGCCUCGCAGUCCUAGUCUGGCUUGGCCUUGCCAACCAGGGUCUGGCUUUAAGCAUCGAUCAAGCCACCGACGAUGUCGACCUGGUUGAGAGAGACGGCCUCGAGCCUCGAUUGUUGUUUGGAAGUCUCGAGAAGACCAAGGCCCAAAUGGUUCUAGCUGCCAAUGGCAAGCGUGAUUCAGAGGAGCUGGAUGAGCUUGACCUCGAAGGCCGCUCUAUCUUCCCGACUACCACAAAUAUGCCCCCAAGAAAGGACGAGGCCUCGAAGGCCGCCUUUAUCUUGCCGACUACCAUAAAUAUGCUCCCAAGAAGCAAGGGCGGAGCCUUAAAGCGCGCGGUAGCGCAGCAAAUUAGAUAG